GCCUUCAUUUCUCGCCGCUUCUCGUCUUCUUCCGUAGGAAACGGCGAUCAGAACACAAUAUACGGAGUAUUAUAUAUAUCCGCUUUUGUUGGGAUUUCCGCCGCCGAUUCGCCGUGUAUGAUCCAUCUCCAGCCGUGAUUGGGCCUAAUCAAUCUCGGGUCGCGAAGCUCUGAAUCCGGACUGCCCUGAUGGAUGAGAUUGGAGUCGAUGCCGGAUCGGACAUUGAAGUCGAUGACAUAAGGUGUGACAACUUUGUUGAGAAGGAUGUCAGUGACGAAGAGAUUGAGCCAGAAGAAUUGGAGAGGAGGAUGUGGAAGGAUCGCGUCAAGCUGAAGAGACUCAAGGAAAGACAGAAGCUUGCAGUGCAAUCUGCCGAUAAGCUGAAAGGGAAGCAACCGACCGAUCAAGCCACACGGAAGAAGAUGUCAAGGGCCCAGGAUGGGAUUUUGAAGUACAUGUUGAAGCUGAUGGAAGUGUGUAAGGUCCGCGGGUUUGUUUAUGGGAUCAUACCGGAGAAGGGAAAACCUGUGAGUGGAUCUUCUGAUAAUGUUAGGGCGUGGUGGAAGGAGAAGGUGAAGUUUGAUAAGAACGGUCCGGCGGCCAUUGCCAAGUACGAAGCCGAAUGUCGUGCGAGGGUACAGGGGAUAGGUGGCCUGGUCGGGAACCCCCAGAGUGUCCUACAAGAUUUACAAGAUGCCACUUUGGGAUCCCUUUUGUCUUCUUUGAUGCAACAUUGCGAUCCGCCCCAACGGAAGUACCCAUUGGAAAAAGGUGUACCCCCACCCUGGUGGCCGACGGGGAACGAAGAGUGGUGGAAUAAGAAUGAUUUGCCAGAAGGACUUAAUCCGCCCUACAAGAAGCCCCAUGAUCUAAAGAAAGUGUGGAAGGUUGGGGUUCUGACUGCCGUUAUAAAACACUUGUCGCCUGAUAUUGCAAAGAUAAGGAAGUUAGUUCGGCAAUCUAAGUGCUUGCAGGAUAAGAUGACUGCCAAGGAAAGCUCGAUUUGGUUGGGUGUCCUAGAAAGAGAGGAAGCCCUAAUCCGCCAACCAAGCAGUGAAAACGGAUCAUCUGGUGUAAGUGAGGCACCUAAUGCGGCUCGCCGCGAAAAUAAGAGACCUUCUCUCAGUAGUGACAGUGAUUAUGAUGUUGAUGAUGCCCUUAUCUCUGUUUCAUCAAAGGACAAGAGUGGAAACCAUGUUUCUGAUGUUAGUCCUUUAAAUGCUGUGCCUCAAUCCCAUCAGAUUCAAAGGAAAGAGCAUAAACGUCCUAAGAGACAAAAGAGUUCAAAACCAAUCCCUGCUGCUCAAGGGAACCCUCCAGCUAUUGAACAUAUUCAUCGUGAUGAUGGGCCCAAUGAUCCUAAUCCCAUUAUAGCGGGAUACUUAACUAAUGGAAGCGAAACCUGUGGGUCCCACCCAAUGGAACCUUUGGAGAAAAGUUCCGAUGGCCAAACCGAGUUACCAUCAGGUGACUGUAAUCAUUCUAUUGUUCCAUUUAUGGGCAAUAUGUCUAUUGUUGAUCCAAUAUCUCAAAAUUCUGCUGUUGUCCAUUAUGAAUUGAGGCCACAGACGGGUCCCACAGAUUGUGGCAUGCACACUCAAAUUCAAGAUAUUCAGAUGCUUAAUGACUCUCUCUUUCCAGGAGUUAAUGAUGAGCCACAAAGAUCAAUGUUUCACUAUGGACCUCUAAUUCCAGAAGUGCACUAUGAGCCUCCAAAAUCCGCAGCUCAAGAUUCUUCUUUACACCAUGAGCUACAAAGUUCCGAUUUCCAUCAUGGAUCUCAAUACCAUGAACUGCAUCAAUCCUCUGUUUAUCAAUACUAUACUCCUUCUGAUGAAGAGAGGUCACAGUUAGCAUUUAAUGAACUUCCGACGAGGCCGGAUGAUUUUGGACAUUAUGGAAAAGAGUCGUUUCAGAAUGAACAUGAUGGUAGAUCUGUUGAAAUGCCUUUUGAAAAUCCAAUAACUGGUGUCUCAACUGACUAUACAACACUGAACAGUCCGAUAAGUUUUGGAAUUGAUGUGCCCACUGCAUUUGAGACCGACUUUGAAAUUUUGAUCGACGAUGACGAAUAUUUGACAUUCUUUGCCUCUUAAAACUAUCAGAUUGGCAUAAAGAUGAAUCUGCUACUGUUAGUGCCUAAUGGAAGGGAGCUUAUUUGCUUACACAUUGAGGACCUUGACUGUAAGGUACUUAAAUAUUGUUUAUCACCACCACAAUCAUGUAAAGGGAAGUUAUCAUCUUUUUUUUUAUUCUCACUAGCCUUCCUUUUUACAUUGUGAAGGAAAGUGCUCCAAUGUAAAUGACUUAGUUCUGUGAUUGGCUAAUGGCUAGGGUGCAUAUCUUUUUCACUUACUAGAAAUCGAAUAAAGGUCCCUAUUGAUA